AUGGCGUACAGCUAUAAUAUCGAAGAGGUGCCGCCGGACGACAUGCCUUGCGUCGAGCACGACAUACGACGCGCCAAAAAAUUCCUCCAGAAGCAUAGUCCAGAGUCGGGUGAUAGCUUAUACGAUCACUUGAUCGAAGUACUGGCGAAGAUUCUCGCGGAGAAGCCGAGAAACGCUGCCGACAUUUUCGAGGAAUACAGCAGGAAAGUGAAGGAGGAGAGGUUUAAAACGGGAACGAAUCAUCUUCGAGAUUUGCACGUUCCGCCGGCGCAAUAUGAAAACGCGAAGAAGCUCAUCAAACUGUUCAAGGAUGUUCAGCAGAUCGAUGAAGAGGAUCAGGGUGGGCUGGAGGAGGAGGAAGAGGACGAAGGAAAGAAGAAGAAACUGAACAUGCUGGACCUAUUGUUCUACUUCGAACAGACUGACGUAGGAUUGCCUCGCGGUGAAAUGGUGGUGCUUAAUUUAUCUCUACGGAAACUUUUGGUCAAUGCUCGUAUAGAGAACAUCAGGUUUUGGGGGAAGAUCUUUGGAAAUCCAAAGAAUUACUAUGUAGUAGAAGCUGAUCUUCAGGCAGAAGAGUUGGACAAGAGAUUAGAGAAAUUAACGGCCGAAGACGAGAAGAAACGUCAGGCGGAACAAGUGAAAGCGGAAGAAGUUGUGAGAGCCGCGCAAGAAGCAGCUGCCAGAGCAGAAAGAGAAGCUACGGAGGAUGCGGGGGAAGAAGAAACGGAGAAGGAGGAAAAAGAGGAAGAGGGUUUGAAGCUCGUGUUUCCACCCCUGCCCACGUCUUCGUGGAAGCCGCCGCCGGAAGUACCCCGGGAAAACAUAGGAACUGGUGUGAACACCAAGGUGUAUUUUGUAUGCAACGAGCCUGGCUUGGACAAGUGGAUCGAACUUCCACCGGUUACGCCGCAGCAGAUACUAAUCGGGCGACAGAUUGUCCGGUGUUGUACGGGAAAUUUGGAUACGCCGAUUCACACGUUCCCACCGUUUCCUGGGACCGAAAGAAAUUAUCUCCGGGCGCAAAUAGCCAGGAUUAGCGCGGCCACUUUGGUCUCGCCGAUUGGCUUUUUCACUUUCGGCGGCGAGGACGAGGAGGAGGAGCUGACCGAGGAAGCGGAAGAGGGUGGAACGUUAUCAGAGAACCCGCAUUACGAUCCUCUACCCAUUAAGGACUUAGUGGACCCUUCUAUGUCCAAUUGGUGUCAUCAUGCGCAAUAUAUUUUGAAACAGGGUCGUACAGUUUGGUGGGAUCCAGGGAAAGGAGACGAUGAAGAAGAAGGAUUCGACGAAGAAGAGGAAGAACAGCCCGGUAAGAGUCAAAAGGAAGUCGGACCACCCCUUUUGACACCCCUAUCAGAGGACGCUAUUGUCGAUAAGAUAAUACCCUGGACAGCGACACAGUCGUCCCGCGUAAUGCCAGAAUUGUCGGUGGCGUUGAUCAAAUCGAACAUUUGGCCAGGAGCAUUUGCCUUCGCCUGCGGAAGACGUUUUGCCAACGUGUACAUCGGCUGGGGCCACAAAUACAACGCGUACAACUACAGCCCGCCGUCCAUGCCACCGGUGCAGGACGAGUACAAAAUAGGCCCGGAGAUCAUGGAGAUUCAGGAUCCUACUUUCGAACAGGAGGAGGCCUAUCGGAUCGCUCAUUUACCACCUCCGCCGCCUAUUGCAAUGGGAGAAGAGGCAGAAGAAGAAGAAGUUGAAGAAGAAGAGGAGGAGGAAGACGAUGAUGAAUGA